AUGACCACGUCCACAAGUCAUCUCAGCUCCGAAAGCAUCCUGCUGGAUCUUGGCCAGCAAAUCGGCCUCGACCUCUCAGCUCACAAUGCCACCAUCAAAGGUCAAGAUCCUGUAGUCCCCUCGACGCACCGCAUCGGCGAUGCAUGCGCCGCCGCACUGGCUCUAGCAGGCACCGCCGUCUCUCAAGUCGCCCACGCUCGCGGAUCCGUCCUCGACACGAUCAGCAUCUCAGUCGACGAGGCCAUCAUGCAGCUCACCGCCGCCUUCUACACCAAAGUCAAUGGCGUAGCGCUGCUGCGUCUGUUCGAAGAUCCCAAGCUGUUCCACAACAGCGACUUCUACCCGACCAACGACGGUCGACACCUUUUCCUACUGUUGACCUAUCCGCGGCUUCGCGAUGCUGCGUGUCAGGUGCUGCAGUGUCCGCCCGAAAAGAAGGACUUCGCCAAGAGCAUUGCGCAGUGGAACGCGUUCGAGCUCGAGGAGGCGAUCAACGCGGCGCACGGGUGUGGAAUCGCUCUGCGCACGCGUGAGGAAUGGCGCCAGCAUCCGCAGGGCAAGGCGCUGCUCGAGCAGAGCCUCAUCUCGGUCACCAAGAUCGGCGAGAGCGAGCCAGUCCCACUCAAACCGCUGUCGCAGCCGGAUACGGCCAAGGACAAUGCCUCCCAACCGCUCGAGGGCAUCCGUGUGCUCGACAACGGCCACGUGAUCGCCGCCCCCAUCGUGAGUCGUCUUGCGGCCGAGUUCGGUGCGGAUGUGCUGCACAUCUCCUCGCCAGAUUAUCCAGACUCGGCGGCGAUGCUCAACGAGACCGGCCUGGGCAAGCUCAACGCGUUUUGCGAUCUCAACGAGGAAAGUGGGCGUCAAGGGUUUGCAAAUGUGCUGAAAGACGCCGACAUCUACGUGUGCAACUACCGUUCGCUGGAGCGCAAAGGGUAUUCGGCCGAUGAGCUCGCCAAGAUCAAGCCGGGCAUCAUCUUUGUCGAUAUUACUGCGUGGGGCAGGGUCGGACCCUGGGCGACGCGAGGUGGGUUCGAUCAGCUGGCGUGUACCGCGACCGGGUUUUCUGCCGAGGAAGGUGGCUUCGAUCAUCCGCGUCUGCCGCCGACAUAUCUGUUGAACGACUACCUAGCUGGCAUCUUGGGCUUUGCGGGGGCAUUGAGUGCGCUGCUGCGUCGUGCCAAGGAGGGCGGCAGCUAUGUGGUCAGCCUCAACCUCGCUAGUGUCGUGAUGUGGGUCCAGGACCUGGGAUCGUUCGAAUCAAAGGAGGUUGAACACCUUUCGCCCAUCGACCACAAUGUGGCGGCGGAAAAGCUCGACCACGUCUCGGGACCCAACGGCCACACUAGCUACCUCGGCGUUCGGAUUGGGUUCGAGCAUAUCAAGCCUUAUUUCAAAAGAGGUGCUCAGCCGGCCGGUGCAGUCCCGCUCUCGUGGUCUCAGUUUCAGUAG